CAGCGGGGCGGGUUGGGGUGGGGUGGGCUUGUUUUUAACCAUCUCCUUUGUUUAACUUACACUCGGCAGUGGGCGCAGCAGGAGGCAAACUAGUUUCUUCUUCGGUGGAUUUGGUGGGGGAAUAGGGAUUAGGGAUGUCAUACUUAUUAGAGUGAAAAGAACAAGGAAGAGAAUGGAUAUGUAUCAUCCGAGGCUCCAAGCUCAUCUUCAUCAUCCUCAUCAUCAGGAAGAGAUGCUUCAAAAUCUCAAUCACAAAGGAGCUCUAGCAGAGCCUUGCCUCGUCUUGACUUCUGAUCCCAAGCCUCGCCUCCGUUGGACUGCGGACCUCCACGAUCGAUUCGUCGAUGCCGUCACUCAACUUGGCGGCCCCAAUAAAGCUACACCAAAGGCCAUCAUGCGGACAAUGAAUGUGAAAGGACUAACUCUUUUCCAUUUAAAGAGUCACCUCCAGGUUUUCUUCAUUCUUGUCAACCUUUACCUUGUCAAAAAAUUAAUAAACUUGGAGAUCUGUUUUGAAGCUUAUUCUCUCAUGGACACCUUGUCCUGUGGUAUUUUCACCGUGUUACAGAAAUACAGGCUAGGUAAGCAAUCAGGGAAGGAUAUGGGUGAGGGACCAAAAGAUGGGAUGUCUGCUUCAUACCUUUUAGAAAGCCCUGGAACCAAUAAUUCUACCCCAAGUUUGCCAAGUUCUGACAUGAAUGAGGGUUAUGAGGUGAAGGAGGCAUUAAGGGCACAGAUGGAAGUGCAGAGUAAAUUACAUUUGCAAGUUGAGGCCGAAAAGCACUUGCAGAUUCGCCAGGAUGCAGAACGAAGAUAUAUGGCCAUGCUUGAGAGGGCUUGUAAGAUGCUUGCUGAUCAUUUUAUUGGAGGUGGUGCAGAUACUGAAACAGAGAACCUAGGAUUUAGUAGUAAGGUGCCAAGAAAUUAUUGUGUUGACCCACUUGGAUUUUACUCCUCUCAGUCUGCUGAGGUGGUCAAUGCAUGUGGCCAAGAUGAAGAAAUGCCAUCCGGUCUGCAUUCCCAGAGGGCUGAUUGUUCCACUGAAAGCUGCCUAACUUCACAUGAGAGUCCAGGAGGAUUGACAAUGGAAGGAUCUGCUGUUGAAGGGAAGAAAAAGAUGCUGAACUUGGACUCAACAACAGGAUCUCUGAUCUGGGGUGAUGCCAAGGUUAAUCCCCAUGGACUAACUGGAUAUGGCAUGUAGAGAUGGAAAUGAGUGAUAUUCUUCUGUAUGCUCAAGCUAUUACAGUCUCAAGUGUAAAAAUGCUGAUCUAUUCAUGUCCGUGGAGUUGGCAGGAAAUCCAAGUUUUGAGAAUGGAACAAGUAGUCUCAAAAUUGUAAAUCCAAGUUGCUUAUGCUCUAAAUAUCAUACAUUUAGUGUCUUAAACAUAUAAACUUGUGCGGCUGUGAUUGGAAAUCCAUGUGAUCACUGAAGUCCAAACUUAGAAUGCCGUUGGAAUUUUAGGCUUUAAAUCUGAACUUGCUGUGUUGUUACAGGCAAUUUGUGUA